CGCUGCCCCUGUGUUGUACACUUUGUGCAACGUCUGUGCUACCUCUUCAGCGCUGCCCCGCGAUCCAUCCUUCCAAGACUCCCAAGAACUCCGAAUCGAACGCCGCGCAGUCUUAGUGACCCUUACGACUUACAUCGCCUGAUCUGAUUCGAUCCCUUGCCGACGACUCUCACGCAUCCAUUCUACACCAUCGGCAUUGACAUCGGGCAGUCGGUGCAGGGAACGUAGCGAGCGCCAAGUGCAGUGGUGACAUCGGGUCCAGAACCAGGUCCGUGGAAGAGAUGUCUGAAACCGGUCGAGAGAACAAGCGGUUCGAACCCAAGACCAAAGUCGAGCUCGAUCCUCCAAAAGACGACCCGAUUCCCCCGGAAGAGUUGGCGCAAUGUGACGGAACAAAUCCAGACAAGCCAACGUUGGUCGCCAUCAAGGGCACCGUGUUCGAUGUGUCCAAGAACCCGGCAUAUUCGGAAAAGGGACAAUAUCAUGUCUUCGCCGGGAAGGAUCCCUCCCGCGCCCUCGCAUUGUCGAGUUUGAAACCAGAGGACUGCGUGCCCGACUGGGACGAUCUCGACGACAAGUACAAGACCGUACUGGACGAGUGGUAUACUUUCUUCAGCAAGCGGUAUAAUAUCGUCGGCAAGGUCGCCGGCGCCGCCAACACGGGGAGCCGUUGAAAAAGUGGAAAAUGCAAGGUCAUCUGCGAACUUAUAAGAUGCUGAGAUACAUUUUGAAUAUAUAUUGACAUGGAAACUGCCAAAAAACGUCCUAGGAUGGUCGGCGAUGUACAGAAACAUUGCCUUUUCUCCCAUUGACUAUAUACUCGGUUUUGCUGCUAUCGUUUUGGCCUGAUAAUGGCUAGACGAGCACAAGGCCCCCGGUGACAGUCAAGACCGGUGAAACGCGUCAAUCAACCUUUGCGGGCUUUCCUGGCUUGGCGCUUCUUCGCAAUGAUGCGGUUGCGUUUCGCAAUCCGAUUCUUCUCCUCGUCGUCCACAUCUUUCGAUGCCUCUGCAGAUGCUGCGGCCCCAGCUCCGGCUCCGGCGGGCGUGGCCUGAGUCUUUCCAUUACUCUUGCCGUCCCUCUUUCGCUUCAAGUUCCUGUCCUUGCGUUCGGACGCGGACCUGCCGACUCCGCCGGCGUGCUCCUUGUCCGGGCCGUCUUUGGGUUUGGGUCCCAGUUCCUUGAAUUUCCGCUCUCGCUCAUUCCUCCGCUGGACCACUUGAGUGUUCUCGAUGGCAAACUCGACAAUCAGGCGCUUUCCUUUCUCACCGCCGGAGUUGGGGGCUUUCACAUAAUGACCGUUGAGCCAGCGCAAGCCGGCCAGCGCGUUGCGAUGUGUGACAUACUCGAUGAACCCGUAGCCACGGCUUCUGCCGGCGCCUUCCUUGACCUUGCUGCCCUCCUUGUUUUCGAACACCACCUUGGCUUGUUUGACGAUACCUUUCCCGGCGAGUUUGCGUCGCCGUUCGGCCUCUCGCAUCUCCUCUCCACCCCGCUUUAGUUCCUCCUUGCUCAAGGGCUGCCGGAGCCCUUCUUUGACGUCCUUGGCGAACCCGACCACGGCUUCUCGCGCAAGGGCCUUGAGUUCCUUGCUGCCAAUGCCGCGAGGGAUGUUUCGUACGCUCAGACGGGUCAGACUGAGACACAGGUUGGGAUUGCUCUUGAUCAACCGC